AUGGCGAAUAAGAUGCCACUUGUGGCACCUAUAUACCUGCCCGGGCAGGAGCCAUUACCAUAUGGAAUGACAGAAGAAGAACGUGCCAACAUGCAUCAGGCUUUAAAAUACCAAAAAUACAUGGUUAGUGCGAUGGAAUCCUGUGUAGGCAAAGCAGCCAUCUCUGGUGUCCUAGGCUUUGGUCUCGGUGCGUUCUUUAGUCUCAUGAGCGCAUCGUUCUCUGUGGAUGAUCCAAUGAGGCAGACCAUGAUUGACCGGGCUGCUGCUGAGAAGGCCAAGAUGUUGGAAGAAGAGGCUGCGAAGAAAAAGGGAGAGUCCACUAAAACCACAACGGUGUCCAAAUCUUCAACCAGCACGCCAGAGAAAGUAACACCCACAGCUACAGUACCGCCAGCACAGCCCACUAGCACAGCAAGCUCGACUGCUGCAAGCACUCCUAACGCACAGACUGCUGCCCCCAAGCAACUGUCAAAAACUGGUUCGAUGCUCAGCAAGCUUCCAGGCGGAAGCUACUUUAGGGAUUUACCAGCGCCACCACCCCAACUUCCCUCUGCAACGAUGCAAAGUACAAAAGAGUUUUUUAUUCAAACCGGCCGAAGCAUGUAUAGCAGUGGUCGAGGUUUUGGUAAGGUCGGUGCCCUCUACUCUGGUAUCGAAUGCUGUGUCGAGAGUUUCCGAGCAAAGAACGACAUUGUGAACCCAGUUGUCGGUGGGUUCCUUGCUGGUGGUAUCCUGGCAAGAAACACUGGGCCGCAAACAGCGUUCGGCAGUGCCGUUGCUUUCGCAGCCUUUAGUGGCGCCAUCGACCUAUUCCUUCGUCGCGAGACCAAGGACGAAGACUAG